AUGUCGAAAGAAUCUGGUCAAGUCAACCCCAUUCCCGCCUUCAAUUGCUGCUAUCUUCUGCGGUCGUCGAAAAGGCCCGACUGCUUGUACAUUGGCUCGACGCCUGACCCAGCUCGACGCCUAGCGCAGCAUAAUGGAGUCACCAAAGGAGGUGCAAAGCGGACCAAGGCUGAGGCGAUGCGGCCGUGGGAAAUGAUAGCAAUAGUCGAGGGUUUCACGAGCCGAACGGCCGCCUUACAGUUCGAAUGGUCAUGGCAGCAUAUGCACAGAACUCGGCACAUAGAUGCCGUCGAGACUGAUGAAUUAACUCGAAGAAAACGCAUCACAACCCCCGUUGACAAGGGCUCUGGUAUAUGCCACUCCCCAAUGAAGAUUCUGGGCAAUCUGCAUCAACUUUUACGUUCUCCUUGCUUCAGGACGUGGCCUCUGACGGUGCGGUUUCUGUCGAGAGAGGCGUAUACUCACUGGCAACUCUGGAACGAGCGCGCCGAUGGUCUACUUUCGGAUCAUAUGCAAAUCAAACUAGACUUUCAUUCCGGGGGCGCCAGCGUAUUCAAUCCACAGCGUCCCGUCAACGACAUGACUCAUAUCGAUGCGACUUAUACGGGCAUCAAGGAGCAUCUAGAAAAAUCGACUUUGCUGUUGGAUGAUUCCCGCUUGCCAUCGUGUCAACUCUACAUCGCACGUCAAAUGCCUAUCCCAGUUAUUCCUGGAGCAGGAAGGGAGCUCUCAGUUGGUGCCGAUCCUGGGUGA